UAUCAUCAGGUAUGUUCUCAAGUGGGUCCACAGGCCGCUUUGGUUGUGGGCUCUCCAGGUGUUCCUGGCGUCCAUCACCUUCUUGAAAACGUGUGUCAUAGUGGGCAUCACCGCCAAGGCAAGUCUGAAUCAACUAUUUGCAUUGAUCAUAAAAACAAACAACAACAAAAGUCUCAGCAAGAGACCUUGCAAAUAAAAAUUGUUUAUUAUAAAGCACACACCCAUCCUUGACUCAGUUCUUGAGUUCAGUUUUUACACCUCUCCGCCUUUAAAAAAUAUGAUUUCAAAUUAAAAUAACUUAUAGAAACCAAUGGAUGCGGGCAGCCCAUUUUUGUGAAAGAAGUUUGUAGAUUUUCUUUAAAAUAAAAGAGAUAUUGACAAUGAGAACUUGUGAAAGGUAAAUAAAUUUGAAAUAGCUAACAGAAUAUCUUGAGCAAAAUGAAAUUACUAUGCCAUUAACUGUCAUUUUCUUUUGCUACUGUUAGGAUGGGAGGUAAGUAAGAACACUAGGAAUAGUCUACUCCACAUCAUCGUGUGUGUGUUUUCUCAUACCACAAUCUUGUUUGGAGAAAUUACACUCAUUUUUGUGCAUGAUAAACUACAGAGCAUCUUUCAUACAAUCAUUAUUUUUAUGUUUAAUGUGUUCAAAGGUUUGUUGUGAUCCUUAUUUUAUAUUAUCUAUAAUAAAAUGGAAUAAUUUAUGCAAAUUUGGGAAAAUUAUUUUUGCUGGUGAAAAAAUUUAACUCUGGCAUUUACUCGAAAUGAAUUUUCAUUCUAUUUAUAGAAAUAAUUUUUUUUUCCAGGAAGCUCAUAUUUAUUAUAAACUAUUGUUAAACUGUAGUGCAUUUUCUACAUUCAAUAACAUCACUUUUUCAGUUAAAACCAAAAAAAUGUAUUGACAUGACCAAGUUUGCAUCUUUUUAUAAUUUUAAUAUAUUUUAAAAAUCCACACCACAUGUAACUUAUUAUUUUCAAUAUUGGUUAUUAGAAUGUUAUUUUUUUGCUUCUAACAAUGUGUUAUAUCAUUGGUGACAGAAGAAAAUAAUUAUUCUUUAGACUUUACCCCUAGUUAGCCAUGCAUCUUUUUUGUUGUAUUUGGUAUUUGUAUUUUAAUUUUUUAUUUUUUUUUGUUUGGCUGGUGUAUGCAUGUGUGUAUGAGUGUGGGUGAAGAAUGUACACAAAGACAUUAUACUCCCAAUAAAAUAACUUGGAAUCGGUCAGUUCUGAUAUAUAUUAAUGUUCAGUAAAACUGAUUAUAUGAUCUUUUUAGUGAUACCCUUUGAAUAAUUAAAUAUUUCAAGAGCAUCACACUAGAGUGAUCUGCCAAAUGGAACAUUUUCAAGCUAAGAGCAGUUGAGCAACAUAUUUAUAAGGUUAUGCAAAAAAAAUUGGGAAGGGGUGGAAUGGCUUAAUUUUUGUCAUAAAGGGAAAUUUACAAAAAUCAUUGAUUCACAGAAAGGAAAAUGAAUCAUUAAAUUGUGUGACUUGCAAGUAACCCACGUCACUGAAGAAUUUUCAUAAUUUACCAGUUACUGUAUUUUUUUACCACUUGUAAUUUUGUACCUCAUGUAUAUACUGUAGUAGUAUUGUACCAUGCACUCACAGUUUCAUAAUUUAUUGGUAAGAUAAUAUAUCAUUGGGUCGUGAGGUCAGACUGUGUUACUAGUGUUAAAAGUGAUAUCUAUAUAUUAUUAUCCCUUUAAUUUUUCUUUUGACGCAUGUGCACCAACUCCUGGCGGAUAAAUUAAUAAAAUGUCAAAGUUCAUGAAUUAGUACAUUUUGUACAACUGUUAAAAAUCUGUAAUGAUAAAAUUCUCUCCAUUCUUGAGUUGAUGACAAAUAAUUUUAUUUGAAAGGAUUGGGAAAGUAAGACAGGUUAAAAAACAAGGUGUAUUUCUUCCAGGGCAAUUUUCUCAUUCUGCUGGUCUCAAGAGUUUUUCUUCUGGAGGUCAUUUGCAGCGUGCCUUUCAUUGUGUCGGUAAGUGGGUUUAUUUAUCCUCAUCGUUUUGGACCAGUGGUCAGCUCCUAGUAUAAAAAACUUUAUUUUCAGUGUCAAGGGAUUAAAAACUAUCAAAUUUAAAACAGAAAAAAUUCUAAAUCAUUUGAAGUUAAAUGGCUUAAUGAUUAUUUGUUUUAGUAAUUUUAUUAAUAAAUUUACAAGAACAUUUUUUUUUCAGAAAAAGGACUUCAAUCAUUGAUAUCAUGGCUAUGUUAUUUCUUAUAACACUAGCAGGUAUACCCUGCGUGGCCUGGGAUUUUAUUAGGACCCCAAUCCUUGCGCAGUCCCGUUUCCCGAUAGGAUCACGUGACAGAUGGGUUCAAGUUUUCUGUUGGAUCUCGUGGCCCAUUAGGAUCCUGUUCCUCAAUGAGAUCAUGCUCAGUGCGAUUUUGUUCGAAUAAGCUUAUAGAUUUUAUUAUAUAUCCCCGUAGAACAAAAUAGAAAAUUCUAGAACAUUCUAUAUUAAAUUUAAUAUCCUCCAUUAAACGUGUAAAAAAUUACUUUUCUACAUAAUUAUUUCUCGAAAUAUUAUACAACUAAAUUGCACUACUAUAACUAUAGUACAUUUAAAUUGAAAUAGGGCCCCAUUGGGGGCACAUUUAAUAAAGUACUGUUUUAGUUAUGUCUGAGAUGGGGGGGGCGCUAUAAAAAUCAUUCAGAUAAAUUAAAGAUUAAAAAUUUUCCCCAUUAACUCUCGAACUGCGGUCGGCUGAUUUCAUCUGCCCAUUUCGUCGGCCGAUAUUCUCGUUCUGUGCUGUGGCGACAGAAAAAAUCGGCCGAUAAAAAACACGGUCCGAUAGCAACUUCCAAUCCAAUAUUUAACAGAAAUCAUAGCGAUUUCCUUUUAUUACUAAUGAAAUCAACUUCCGGUUUAAGCUGUUUCUUGAUGACUUAACAAUAAGUACUUUUUAAUCGGAUUUUAUAUCACUGUUUUUUUUAAAGCAAAAAUGUUGGAGCCAUGGCCGGGGCUUCAGUACGAGAACUAGUAUAAAUAAAUUUUUGAAAGAUUUUUAGGAGAGGAUUUAAGUGAUACUGAUGAUGAUUUUAACAUUCCCCAUGACAUCUCACUUCAGAUUCUUCUUUUCGUGAAUUUGAUACUAGUCUUAGCAAUACUGAAGUAGGCCUACUGAGGCAAAUGUUUGACUUCGAGCCAGGCCCGGAGGUUGGGCAAGGGCUGACUGAAUUUUAGUCAUAGAAACUACAGAUCAUAGAUCAGAACUAAUAAAUUUGGUAUUUUAUAGUUUAACAACCCAAAUCAGUUCCACAGUUCCUUUUUAAAUGUUUACUAAUCAAUAAUAACUAUUUUGCCUGAGAUUUUGUAUUUUGUACUUGGUUUUAGCAGUGGUCCCAGUUUCUUAUAUAAAUGAUCUAAAAUUACUAAAAUUGCUUUCAGAGGUUUCAUUGCAAUCAAAACCUUAGCAAACUAUUCAUUUUCUUAAAGAUAAAUGAAUUGGCUACAACAUUUAGAUUUGUGUUUUAAGUGUAUCUAUACAAAUUAAUGAUGUUAUGAGCACUUGAAAGCAAGACAUUUUGUCGAUCUUUAUUUUCUUGAGAAUUCCAGUCAAGGACACUGAGCAAAAUUUUUUUUACGGGGUGGGCAAUAUGGCCAACUUUAUCCCCAUCCAUUUACCUUUCUAAAAAUAUAUAUAAUUAUUGGGGUCUUGCAUCAAUAUUUCUAUGUCAUUAAAUACAAUUUCAAAAGGCACUCAAAAAGCGCUCUGAAAAGACAUCACAGAAUGAUGCAUGCCACAGUUCGAGGGUAAAAUCGGUUAAAAAAUGCCAUAGAUAUAGCUUUUUAGACUAUUGAACUUUCUAGAAAAUUCUAGAUUGACCCUGAAUGAAUUUGAUAUUAUUAGUUUUAAAUCCACCUAUAUUUUAAUACGGACUAAGAAGGAUAUUGCUACAAAGCUAGGCCUAGAUCCACCAAUUUACAAAGAACCUAUAGUGUUGUCUAAGCCUAUUGAUAUUUAUAUAGCUUAUAUAAGGAAAAAUGAAAUUGGGCCCCCUGCCCCAGAGGGAUGGAUAUUAUGAGUUCAGUACCCUUUGGUAUUUGAAUUUGGAUAAUCAUGUGUAUGUGUGCUAAGUUUGGUCAAUAUCCAUCUAUUCAUGUGGGAGUAUUUGUUUCUAAUUAUUUUUAUAUAGCUCAUAUAGGGAAAAAAAAACGAAUUCUGGGCCCCUGGCCCCAAACGUAAUGUUAUAAAAAGUUCUUAAACCCGUAAGAGUUCCUUCCGGAAAUGAUGGAUAUAUGGGCCAAGUUUGGUCAAGAUCCAUCAAUACAUGUAAAAAUGUAUGUGGAACAAACCCACAAACAUUCACUUUUAUAUAUAUAAUAUAUGAUUUAAAGAGCAAUCAAUUAAAUUUAUUAAUUUUACUUUUAAGAAGGGGGAAAUACUUUAUCAGUUUUGUAACGUGCGGUUAUCAAAUCAAAGAUACUUAAGAGUUUUGGCUAACAUUGGCGAUUCGUGCUAUGAAGUAAUUUACAUGUUUAUUAAGAAGAAAAUUAAUUUUAAAUUUAUUUCGCAAUAUUAACAACACAGUAAAAAAAUGCACUAAAAACAACUGAUGUUUGGAUUUUCCUUAUAAAUGUGAUUAGGAUGUAAUUCUUAGAUCAUAAUUUUAUUAUGAAUUUUUUUUUUUCAUAACUUUUAAAUUCAGUUAAACUGCUUAAAUUAGUUCCUUUGUUGUUACUUUAAAUGUAUUUGUAAUUUAUAAUAAUAACACUUACAUUCUUACUGAAUAAAAGGGGAUUUAAAAUAUUUUUGCGCAUUUAAAUUAAUUCGAUUUCCCUAAAAUAAUAGAAAAAAACUGUGAUUGUUUUUAGGAAUCCAAACGUACUUAAAUCUUAUCGGUUCUUUGGUGUAAUGUCAUUAUAGCUCGUUAUUAUAUAUAUGGUUAUAUUAUACUUAUAACAUCAUUAUAUUAUUCUUAUGAUAGUAUGGCUAAAUCAUUCUUAUAAUAAUAGUUUAUUAUAAUAACCGUUAUAUUUUAUGUUUUAGAAAUGUCUCAAAUUAAAGCAUCUGGCUAUUUUCUUUUUAUUACUCAGUUUAAACAAUAACUAGGUCAAGAACAUUUUAUUUCGGCAUAAGUACACAUACAUGAAAUCUUUUUAAAAUUGGUGGCCUCCAAUCUUUCAUUGGCAUUCACAGUUGUAAACCACCAAAAUUAGCUGCCAAAUGAACCAUAUAAACUGUUUGUCCCCCAGGUGUUCUGGCCACCAGUCAUGCAGCAUGUGUUCAUUCCUCAGUUCCUUAAUUGUUGGCUGGCUCUCAUCUUCUUAAGGAGGCUGUUGGUAAGUUUUUCAUGUACAUCUCUGCUGAUGAGUUGCAUGGACGUCCACAGUGGAGAGGAGAGCAUGGGUGUCAGCAGGUUGGGGUGGAGGGGGGGGGGUCUUUUUGACAAAAGAUCCUCUGAUGAUGUAAAUAAAACACAAAAUGAGAUUUUUUCAUAGAAUAGAGAAGGUAAACACAGUGCGAGUAUGUGAAGGUAGCACGGAUAACACAGUGUAUUACCUUGUGUUACCUAUCUAUAUCAUCUAUUUUGGUUCUGUAGGUGGGGGCAUGGACUUUUUUACACUGUAUUUUUGCACUGUGUACCUUCACAUAUUCACACUGUGUUCUCUUCUUCUUCUAUAUCUUAAGGGUCCACGAUCAAUUUAUUGAUCAUUUUGGCUCCUAUGCAUGUAGAUGGGAUUUGCAAUGUUUCUGUUACUGGUGUUGGUGUUACCUUCAUAUACUCAACUGUGUUUACUUUCACACACUCAAACUGUUACUCUCCCAUACACUGCUACCUUCACAUACUGGCACUGUUUCCUUCAUUUACUCGCACUGUUUUAAUUUCAUUUACUGGCACUGUGUAUGUCAGCAGAAAAAGUAUGUUGAUAAUAUGUUAAAUAUCCAGGCAAUUUGUGUCUCUACAUCUCCAAUGAUCAACAGAUGUUUUGUUUGCUUCUUCUUUCUUCUCUAUCUUGAGGGCCCAGGAUUAAUGUACUGAUCACUCUGGCUUCUAUAUAUGUAUGGAGGUCAUUAAACCUUCAAAGGUUCUCAAUAUUUGUAAACAGAAACAACUAGUUUCAUGCAAUCAACACAAGUACUGAAACCUUUUAAAGGGGUGGGGGGUUGAUGAAAUAAAAUUGACAAUUAUUGAUACAUAACUUUUUUAUCUUCAGAAUGACUUUCACCUGGCCAAGCAAAGAUUUCAAACAAUGUCAGUGACAUUGUCCCAGCAGUCUUGGUUUCUCAUAGCUACACUGUGUUGUCUUAUUUUUACUACGUGAGUUGAGACAAAUGUAUAGUUAUUAAUAUCAUUAGCAUAAUAGGCAAUUUUGCUGGAGACAAAUAUUUUGAAAAGAGGAAACAGGAAAAAAAAUCACAAAUUAUGUUAAAUAGACAUUUUGUUCCAAAUUCUUUCAUUAAACCCAACUAGUCAGUGAGCAAUAUCAUUUGGCAUAUAUUCAAUUGUAAGUUCCAAUUUCUUUUGUUUUAUUUCACUCUAGCAUAUGUGGGAUACAGCAUAUUCAACGAGGCAGCUAUGAUAAGCCACUGAACAUGUUUGAAAGUGUCUACUUUGUCAUUGUCACACUGUCCACUGUUGGCUAUGGUGACAUCUCACCUGAUAUUUGGCUUGGUCAGCUCUUUAUGUGUAUAAUGAUCUGUGUGGCCUUUUCUUUUAUUCCAAGACAGGUGAGAGUCCUUUUAACCUUUAGUCUACUAGUGCCUUAGUUCCUUCCAAUUGGCAAUAAGGAAUUAAUAUUACACGCUGUAUUGAUGAUGUGGCAUUUGUGAUGUGGCAUUGUUAUGUAGAAUUGGUGUUGUUCAUUUUCACACAUGAAUAUGGCCACGGCAAUUUUAGACUUGAGCAGUAGCCUUGACUUGAGCUGUAUUUUGUUUAAAAUGAGGGAGAGCUGCUCAAUUCAUCAGCCUCACUCUCUGGUCAUUGCCUAUUUGAUCCAAUGGCAAGACUUCAUCAAGACAAACGCAGAUAGACCAGGAUGCAGUAGAUGACUAGCAAUGGGUAUUGUAUUUAUAAUUUGGUAUUGAUGAUGUGGAAUUGAUGAUGUAGUAUUGAUUAUUUGGUAUAGAUUAUGUGGUAUUGAUAAUGGAUUUGUCCAUAAAUGAUGAUAUGAUAGGUAAUUUAUGAUUUAAUUUUCAGACUUAAGCCAGGUGACCACAUUUAGCAUUUAGUUUAUGCAUGAAAACAUGCCUUGUAGAAAUAGGGCUAAAUUAUUCUUUAGACCAGUAAAUACCCAAUUUGGUUAGACCACUAUCUGUAACAGUGCUGUCCAACCAGCUGAUUUUAGUGGCCUGCCACAGCUUGAGACAUUUUGAUGAUGUGUGUCAAAAAUAAAACAUUUAAAGGUAUAAUAUUUUCAAACCACAUUCAUUGAUUUCGUAUUGUUGUGUGUGAGAGCAUAGGAGAAGUUGGAACAUGGACAACGGGAGGUCACAAUAGCUAAGGAGUUGUAUGGCUUGACAGGUAGUGGUAAUUUCUGUUAAGCAGAGCAACCAUUUGGCAACCUGAGUGAUGUAAAAUCGGAUACUAUCUUCUCCUUUUUUUCAUUGCUUGUAAUAGGGUAGGGGUUGCUGGGUGUUGGCUAUAAUUAAUGACUGCUUUGGGAAAGAUGAAUGGGUAAACCAAAAGUAAUUUGAGGUGUGACUAUUUGGUAAUUGUAAAAAAGUCCAUGCCCCCACUUACGGAACCAAGUUAGAUCAGUGGUCCCCGGGCCGCGGACCUCUUCCGGUCUGUGGAUCAAAUGGUACCGGGUCGCCUGUCCACAGUGACGGCAGUUCGGGUCCCGCAGUGGUUGCAGCCUUUUCAGGUAGCUACGGGUAGGGCAAUGCUCAGUCCUCAUCUGGGUGAUCGCCCUUUCGGUUUGUUUGGGUAUGCUCCGGUAAAGUUUUCGGGCAGUGUUUCCCUGUUCCCAUUCGUUAAUCCAUUCCUCAUGGAAGAGGUCCUUAAUCCAGACCUUGACCCCAUUUGGGUCAUUGGUCGGUUAGGUUGAGGCUGGGAAGAGCCUUGUUUUGCAAGAUAGUCAGCUCUGUCUAGUGGGGGGAAUCCCUGCAUGUCCUGGGAUCCAUUGAAGGGUCACUUUGCCUCCGUGAGACUGUAUGUCUCAUGAAGAGGCAGAUGAAGACUCUUUGACAUUGAUAAAUCAAAGAGACAUAAAACUUUUAACAGACAAUGCCAUGAGUCCUACUUGAAAUAUUGAUUUAUCGGGACAGGUGAUUCCCACACACCAACCCCGCUCUGCAUAGUUUACAGCGACCAGCUCUCUAAUGAGGCAAUGAAAUCUUUAAAACGGCUUUGCCACUUGAACGCCAACCACCCUGGAUUAAAAGACAAGCCUCUGGAGUAUUUUGAAAGAAAAAAACGGGAACACAAAGGACAGAAGAAAUUUCUGAGUGCCACCACAUCAAAGGAGGUUGCAGCUGAGAGUGAAUGUAUGCAUUACAUCAUUCACAGGGAAAUGCUGGCAAGCCGAAAAAUGUCACAGGAAUUUAACAGGAUAUUGAUUGAUGUCGUUAAAGUUAUUAACCACAUCAAAGCACAUGCCAUUAACACACCUGUUGGAUGAGAUGGAGGCAGAGCACAGAUGCUCUCUCUUGUAUACAGAAAUAAGAUGGUUAUCCAGAGGAAAACCAGAGUAUAUGAAUUACGAGAGCCAUUGCAAAGAUUUCUCUCAGAAAAGAAGUCACCGCUGACAGCAUAUUUCAGUGACAAGAUAUGGGUCGCAAAACUGGAUUACCUGUGUGACAUAUUCAGCCUGCUCAAUGAACUCAGUUGUCCCUUCUGGGGAAAAUGACAACUGUUUUCAAGUUGGCAAAGUAGCUGCAUUUAAAGCCAAACUGGAAUUGUGGGGAGGGCGUGUGAACAGAGGCAUUUUGGACAUGUUUCAAAGAGCGGGAUUUUAGGCGAGACGGAUCCUGAGCAUUCAUUCUCCCAAUUGGUGCACAAUCCCUUGCUUUUAAAAAGUACGAGCGCUACUUAUCAACCACAAAAUACACAAGAAUGGGUAAGGAAUGUAUCCACCACCCAUUUGUCAACAAACCAGGCGAAUCUAGCAUGUCUGUGCAAGAAGAAGAUCAACUGCUGGAGGUUGCAAAUGAUGGCGGCCUUAAAACUACGCUUGAGACAACAACUUUUUCGGUGUUCUGGAUUAAAGUCAUGAAACCAUCUCGUUGCAGAGGAACAAGCUCAGGGUUCUCAUUGAUUUAGCGUUCUAGUGAGUUAAAAAUGUUAAAUCAUUUUAUAUUCAUCUUUUGGUGUAACUGUAUUUAAUUUUGAAGGCAUGUUUAAAAACAAUUAAAUUAAAAUUAUUAAAUCAAAACAAUCUAAACUAUGAACAAUCAAAUGCCCCCCCCCCCCCCCCCCCCGGUGGUAAAAUGAUCAAACCUUGACUGGUCUGCGGCAAUAAAAAAGGUGGGAGACCACUGAGCUAGAUGAUAGAGAUAGGUAAGCACAGCUACUUAACUCCUUAAUUAUUGCACUUUUUGAGAUGAUGGGACAGAAAAGUCUCCAAGUCAGAGUAAUUGAGAUGGGAGCUGGGGUACUAAAGGUGUCACACUGAAUGACUUUGGUUGGCAGUGUGAACCAUUUAUGGCACCAUGUUAUUUCAACAGAUGGCUAGCCAGGUAUAAGAGAGUGUUUGUCCCUACUGAAUUGUUGUGACUUUGGGGAAAAGUGCCUGGUAUACAGAGUUAUAAGUAUGAGACAUUCAAUGAGUAGAAAGCAGGAUAGAAGUGAUCCCUUAUGUUUUUGACUAGUUUCUAUUUCUUGUCGUAUUUUCAUUUGUCCUGUCUGCUGAGGAAUGCUCUUAGCAGAAAUGUUCUUAUCUUAUUGUCCUGUCUUUAGAUUUAAGCUUCCAUAUACCUUGUUCUAUUAUUUCCAACACACAGCUUGAAUGCAGUCCUUCAUUUAUUAUCCUUUGUUUGUAGUCAGUGCAAUUCAGUCAGGGAAUUAUGAGAGACAGGAACAAUUAUUGAAAUAUUUUUUUUAAACAAACAUAAGAAUGUGUGGCCAAAUAAAUUAUGGAUGACGUAUGUUUCUUCUGAUGAAUUUCCUCAACUAGGGAAAUUUAACAAAAUUUUGAAUUUUUCGAAGCACCCUUAACCAGAUAAGCUAGAUUCUCUAUAAUGACCAAUAUCAAUUCCAAAAAAUGUAACGCUUUGACUGGUGAACAUUUAGAAUGAGGCCAGGUGCUAGAGAUAACAUACAAAGAAGAAAAAGUGCAGCCCUUGGACAUAGCACACCCUCCGCACUCCAUUUCUAUGCCACUAUUCACAGAGGUGAAACGUUUUAAGUACUUGAAUAUUGAAUAUUCAUAAGUUCUAUUCUUUUUCUUACUCAAACGCCUCACUUAACUUUGUGUGUGUGGCGAUGCAGAGUCAGGCAGGUGCAUUGUGUCUUAUAUAAGAUGCAACUUUAUUAAAUCAUACAAUGUCUGUCUUCAACAGCUGGAAGAAAUAGGCUCCACCUGGUCCCAGCGUAAGAAGAUGGGUGGAGAUUACAGCAAGAGAGCGUCAGCCCGAGGCAAACACGUUGUAGUCAUCGGGGCGGAGUUCACCAUUGAAUCUGUCAUGAGUUUCCUCAGUGAGUUUUUUGAGCAUCCGAAGCUUGAAGUAAGUCUAGUCUUGAUUGGAGUUAAGAGCUCAGAGAUAAUAAUGAGAAGUUUGAAGUAAGUCUAGUCUUGAUUGGAGCUAAGAGCUCACAGACAGUAAUGAGAAGUUUGAAGUAAGUCUAGUCUUGAUUGGAGUUAAGAGCUCAGAGAUAAUAAUGAGAAGUUUGAAGUAAGUCUAGUCUUGAUUGGAGCUAAGAGCUCAGAGAUAAUAAUGAGAAGUUUGAAGUAAGUCUAGUCUUGAUUGGAGUUAAGAGCUCAGAGGUAAUAAUGAGAAGUUUGAAGUAAGUCUAGUCUUGAUUGGAGUUAAGAGCUCAGAGAUAAUAAUGAGAAGCAGGAAGUUUUCUAAGUAAGUUUGAUUCAAACAUUCCCUGUCAGGGUGUGAGCCAAUAUCUUUACACUGUUUUAUUGACACCUCAUAGAAGACCAUUACACGCUUAAUUACUUUCUAUUGUUUCAUUUAACUUUAAAAUAGGUUAUUGUGUAAAAUAGAUUUUAAUUGCUUUAUGAAAAGUACAGUUUACAAAUUAAUUGUAACUAGCCAAUAUAUCCGGCAUUGCGUGGGAUUGCAUUCAGGAAAAAAAACAAAAACAACUGCUGCAGCCUUUUAAUUCACAUUGAUAUUAAGCGAAAUGUCAAAUAAAAUAAACACAGCUGUAGUAAUAAUAUAAAAUAAUUAAUUUGUCUCCCAUAAAAACACAUUUAAUAACUUUUGUAAAUAUUUCAUUCCCCGAUGGGAUCCCUAUCCAUGUAGGAUCCUGUUUGCAUCCUAAUCCCGAUUGGAUGCCGAUUCCUUAUGUGUUCCCGAUCCCAUUUCCCGGUGGGAUCCCUAUCCGGGAGAUGCCGAUCCUGAUGGGAUCCCAGUGGUUUCCUGAUCCCAUCGGUAUCCCAAUCCAAUGGUUUCCCGAUCCUGGUGGUUUCCAGAUUCCUGUGUGUUCCUGAUCCCAUGGAUUCCAAUACUGGUGGGAUCCCAAUCCAUCGGUAUCCCGAUACCAGUGAGAUCCCUAACUGGUGGGUUCCUGAUCCUUUCGGUAUCCUGAUCCUGGUGGAUCCAAUAGCCGAUGGUAUUCCAAUCCAGGUGUGAUCCCAAUUCCUAUGGGAUUCUGCUUCUCGGUUGGAUCACGAUCCCGGUCGGAUUGCGCCUUGUUAUUAAUUUCAUUUAUAUAGCUCAUGUAAGAAGAAACCAAUUCAGGACCCCUGGCCCCAAAUGGAAUGUUAUAAAAAGUUCACAACCCCCAAAGAGUUCCUUUUGGAUAAUGAUGGAUAUAUGUGCCAAGUGUGGUCAAGAUCCAUCAAUCCAUGUAAAAGCCUGUGUGGAACAAACAAAACCUCAACAGCUUUAUCAUUAUUCCGAUCCCGGUGGGCUCCCUAUCCCGGUGGGCUCCCUAUCCCGGUCCUGUUAGCAUCUGUUUCCCGGUGGGAUUCCGAUUCCUCUGGAUUCUGAUUCCGGAAUGAUCCCAAUGCCAUCGGUAUUCCUAUCCUGGUGGUAUCUCGAUACCAGCGGGAUAACGAUACCGGUGGGAUCCCAAAUUCCGGUGGGAUCCUGAUAGCUUUCGGAUCCCAAUACCGGUAGGUUUGAGUUUUCCUAUAGGAUUCCGAUCCGAGUGGGAUCCCGAUCCCCUUUAGUAUCCCAUUUCAUGGUGGGAUCCUUGUCUCUGAUAGGAUCCCAUUUCCUGAUAGGAUCCCAAUCCCGGUUUGAUCCCGUUUCCCGAUUAGAUCAUGUUACCGUUGCUGCUGGAUCUCGUUAACGUUACUAUAAGCCUUUGUAUCCCUUGAUCCCCGUAGAACUAGAUAUAAAUUUAUGGAACAUUUUAGAUUCAAUUUAAUAACCUCCUCAAAACAAGUAAGCAAUAGUUUUCUCAGUAAUAAUUUUUUGAAUUCGAAAAAUUAUACAAAUAAAUGCAGUGCUAUAGCUAUCAUACAUUUAAGCUAAAAGAGGGGGCCCAUUCCAUAAUUUUACAUAAUCAGUUUUGCCUGAGAUUUGGAACUACAUAAAAAUUAUUCAGAUCAAUUACGGAGUUAAAAUUAAAAAUUUGUCCGAUUAAAAUCGGUCUAAACAUGCCAUAGAUACAGCUCUUUAAAGUUAUCGAACUUUCUGGACAAUUCUAGAUUGGAUAUUCUUAGUUUUAAAUCCACCGAUAUUUCAAUACGGACAAUGAAGUGUAUUGGUACCACGCUAGGCCUAUAUCCAUCAAUUGUCUAAGCCUAUUUAAUUUUUAAAGCUUGUAUAAUAUUAUGAGUUCAGUACUCUUCUGUAUUUGACUAUGGAAAUUCAAGUGUAUGUGUACUAAGUUUGGUCAAGAUCCAUCUAGACAUGUAGGAGUACUAAGCCUAUUGAUAUUUAUAUGACUUACAUAAGAAAAAGUUAAACGGGGCCUGGGCCCCCAGAGGAAUGGAUAUUAUGAGUUCAAUACCUUUCGGUAUUUGAUUCGGAUAAUCAAGUGUAUUUGUACUAAGUUUGGUCAAAAUUCAUCUAUUCGUGUAGGAGUAUUUGUUGGUCAUUUUAUUUAUAUAGCUUAUAUUGGAAAAAACAACAUUUCGGGCCCCUGGCCCCAAACGGAAUGUUAUAAAAAGUUCAUAACCCCUUAAGAGUUCCUUCUGUAUAAUGAUGGAUAUAUGUGCCAUGUUUGGUCAAGAUCCAUCAAUCCAUUUAAAAGCUUUUGUGGAACUAACAAAUCCACAGACAAAUUUUCACUUAUAUAUAUAUUUUUUUUUACAUAUUAUAUUUAUGAUAUGAUUAGUAAGAGUUAAUGUCCAAUUUACAUAUUAUGUCAUGUCUAGUUUUGUGUACAGGCAAAUACCUCUUUUGUCUAGCUUUGUAUACAGGUAAAAAGCUCUUUAUGUCUGGCUUGAUGUUCAGGCAAAUGGCUCUUUAUGUCGAGUUUUGUGUACAAGUAAAUACCUCUUUAUGUCUGUUUUUUUGUACAAAUGAAUGCCUCUUUCAUCUACUUGUUUAGUAUUAAGUUUUCAUUGUUUAUGUUUUAAAAAGAAUAAAGCUAACAACAUGUCUGUUUCUUGCUUCUCCCAGCACUACACAGUGGUGAUGAUGAGCUCCGAGGAGUUGGAUGAUAACAUGCAGUUUAUACUCAAGGACCCCAAGUGGGCAAAUAGGGUACUCUACAUCAGGGGGUCUGCACUCAAGGACAUUGAUCUCAAACGUUGCAGGUAAGAAACUGUUUUAAUUUGAUCUUCUUUUCCACAGCCAGUCAUCUUGUCCACAGUGAGGCAACUUGACUGUAGCCAGGCAACUUGUCCACAGCCAGUCAUCUUGUCCACACCUGGGCAUAUUGUCCACACCUGGGCAUAUUGUCCACAGUUGGGCAUCUUGUCCACAGCCAAAUAUCUUGUCCACAGCCAAGCAUAUAGUCCACAGCCAAGCAUAUUGUCCACAGCCAAAUAUCUUGUCCACAGCCAAGCAUAUAGUCCACAGCCAAGCAUAUUGUCCACAGCCAAACUUCUUGUUCACAACCAGGCAUCUUGUCCAUGGCCAGGCAUUUUGUCCAUGGCCGGGCAUAUUGUUCACAGCCCGACAUAUUGUUCACAGCUGGGCAUAUUGACCACAGCAAGGCAUCUUGUCCACAGCAAAGCUUUUUGUUCACAACCAGGCUUCUUGUAUAUUGCCAGGCAUCUUGUCCAUGGUUGGGCAUAUCAUUCACAACCAGUCAUCUUUUCCAGUGAGGCAAUUGGUGCUUAAAUUUUUUUAAUCUUGAAUGAAAGGUGUCACAUUGUACAUUUGUAUUUUUACAGAAUCAAUGAGGCAGAAGCUUGUUUCUUUCUUGUCAACAAAAACACUGAUGACAUGGAGAAGUCUGUAAGUAUGAAAUAGUCUUAGUGUAUGGUAGUUGUGUCAUUCAGUUCUUUGGUUCAAAAUGAGUUAGAUGAGAAUAACAGCUUUAUUUGGGGGAAUGUGAGUUAGAUGGGAAUAACAGCUUUAUUUGGGGGAAUAUGAGAUAGAUGGAUAACAGCAUUAAGUGGUGGAAUAUAAUAAUAAAGUUAUUUUAAAAAAUCACGCUUCAUCCCCAAAAGCUCGAAGCGCGGUACAAAGUCAACCAUAUUAAAAGAGAGAAACAAUCUAUAUUUUACUAUAUUGUUGUUUGUCCGUCAAAAUCGACUAGGACCAUUGAGUCAUCCCGUUAGAGUGGAGGGUGGGUUGUGGUGAGCUCGUAGGUGGCUUGCUAGACCGAUCUUUGCUAGGAAAAACCUCUGGCACUGCGGGCAGGGGAUAGUUGCUGCAGACGGUGAUCUACUAUUGCUCUUUUGGGGAAGCCUGCGUGUCUCAGCUGUGGUAAUCCUACUGGCUUCAUGAGAUGUAGCCCCUUUCUUGACAGCUGCUCUCCAACUGGCUCUGACCUGGGCUGUCUGCACCCAUUUAGUAGGGUUGAUGCUGAAGGCCUUUAGUGCCGCUUUCAGUGAGUCUUUGUAACGCUUUUUUUUACCUUCUUGGGAGCGCUUGCUUAUCGUGAUUUCUCCAAAGAAAAUCUGUUUUGGGAGCCGGUGGUCUUCUAUACGGUCUACGUGUCCCAUCCAACGGAGGGUGGUGAAGAUACUAGGUAGGUUCGCUCUAGCGAGGACCUCUGAGUCAGGAACUUUGUCUUGCCACCUUAUUCCGAGGAGUUCCCUAAGGCAUGUUGUGUGAAAAUGGUUCAGCUUCUUGGCGUGACGCUGGUAGACUGUCCACGUUUCACCUCCCUAGAGCAGUGUCGGGAGGACUGCUGCGCUAUAGACCUUGAUCUCCGUUUCUUGUCUGAUACCUCUCCUGUCCCAAACAGUGCUGCGGAGCCUGCCAAAUAUGGCACCAUGACGACAAAUCUGGAGAGAGUGCUGCCCAAGUAAAUUUAUCCACCUCGUUAAGACGCUGUCCGCUGAUGAUGAUGUUUCCUUCAACGUAGGGCUUACUGGGAGCUGGCUGAUACAUCACCUCAGUCAUCUUUGUGUUUAUAGUGAGGCCAAAGUUAUUGCAGGCCUCAAAGAAGACAUCAACGCUGUGUUGCAUGACGGCUUCUGAAGCAGCGUUGAGGGCACAAUCGUCUGCAAACAGAAGCUUGUGUUAUGUUUUACCUUGAAGCCUCCUAAGGUUGAAGACUGAUUCAUCGGUGCGAAACCGGAUUGGCUAGCCCGUGGUGGAGUUCUUGAACGCCUCAGACAGCAUUGCAUAAUAUAUGUCACUGUUUGUGACAGGGAAUGCUUGAGAUGACUGACCCCGGGCCAUCAUUAAAACACAAAACGCAACACUACAAAAACUACAAACGAGCAUACCCAUUCAAAGUCUUUCAUCCCUUUCAACUAUAAACAACACAAGCCAAUAUACAUCUAUAUGAGAUAGAUAGGAUAACAGCAUUAUUUGGUUGAAUAUGAUAUAACAGCUAUAUUUGGUGGAAUAUGAGGUGGAUAACAGCUUUAUUUGGUGGAAUAUGAGAGAUUUUACCAGAGUCUAGAAAUAGUUCCCAGGUUUGAGAGAUGGUUACCAGGAUUGUGGACCUAUACUACAUAUAUAUUUGGCCAAAGGGCACAUACCCAAAUGGCCUCUUGAUCUGAAUGAUGAUGACCAAUGAUCUUAUCAGUGGUACUGGGUAUAAAACGGAAAGUAACCGUAACAAUUGGCUUCUAAGAAGGGUAUUAAUUAUUUCAGUUUAUUUCUAUAUUAGUUUUCUUUCAGCUCUGACAAGCCUUUUAAAACUGUUUCCUCAUUCAGGACCAACACACAGUUCUCAGGUCAUGGGCUGUCAAAGAUUUUGCUCCUAAAUGUGCCCAGUAUAUACAGUUGUACAAGGCCUCAAACAAAAUUCAUGUUAAGUUUGCAGGUAUGAAGUGUGUUGAACAAAUUCAUGUUAAGUUUGCAGGUAUGAAGUGUGUUGAACAAAUUCAUGUUAAAUUUGCAGGUAUGAAGUGUGUUGAACAAAUUCAUGUUAAGUUUGCAGGUAUGAAGUGUGUUGAACAAAUUCAUGUUAAGUUUAUAGGUAAGAAGUGUGUUGAACACAUUCAUGUUAAGUGUGCAGGUAUGAAGUGUGUUGAACAAAUUCAUGUUAAAUUUGCAGGUAUGAAGUGUGUUGAACAAAUUCAUGUUAAGUUUGCAGGUAUGAAGUGUGUUGAACAAAUUCUCUUCUCAGCAGCAAAACAAAACUAUAACUGUAAGACAGUUGGGUCACUAAGUGGGGGGCUAGGUGUGUAAGACAUGAUUUGGUGGGGUGCUAGGUGUGUAAGACAUGAUUUGGUGGGGUGCUAGGUGUGUAAGACAUGAUUUGGUGGGGUGCUAGGUGUGUAAGACAUGAUUUGGUGGGGUGCUAGGUCUGUAAGACAUGAUUUGGUGGGGUGCUAGGUGUGUAAGACAUGAUUUGGUGGGGUGCUAGGUGUGUAAGACAUGAUUUGGUGGGGUGCUAGGUGUGUAAGACAUGAUUUGGUGGGGUGCUAGGUCAGUAAGACAUGAUUUGGUGGGGUGCUAGGUCUGUAAGACAUGAUUUGGUGGGGUGCUAGGUCUGUAAGACAUGAUUUGGUUGGGUGCUAGGUCUGUAAGACAUGAUUUGGUGGGGUGCUAGGUCUUUAUAGUGCAUUUGUUGGAUGAACUUCCUUUUUUUCUCCUCUUUCCUUCAGAGCAUGUUGUGAGUGAAGAUGAGUUCAAGUUUGCCCUGCUGGCCAACAACUGCUUGUACCCAGGUCUUUCAACACUGGUCACAUUAAUCCUACACACGUCACGGGGACAGUAA